CGCGAGGCCCUGGAGAAGGACAUGGCCCUGAAGCCACAGGAGCGGAAGGAGAAAUGGGAGCGUCGCCUCGUCAAAAAGCCCCGGGAGUCAGAAAACGGUCCGCCGGCAGAGCCCAGUGAGAACGGCCGGCCCCCGGAGGUGGGCAGCCCCGAGCAGGACCUGGAGCCCACCUGCGACCGGGGGAAGAAAGUCCCACUGCAGCCCGCCAAGCAGGUGAAGGCUGUCCUGUCCAGAGGGGGCGACCGCCACAGCGAGGACGAGGGCUUCCGCGAAGCCACCAGCUCCCGGCUCAGCGCCUCCCGGGACCAGCUCAGUGACGUGAGUACCCAGACCCGGGAGUCUGGGGCAGCCUUCCUUCCGCAGACCCGCCAGCCGCUCAGUAAACAGCUUCUCACUUACCAGGGCUCCGCCGGGAGGGAGUUAGAUGAGGACCGAGGCUGGCGGGAGCCGGGGGAGGGGUUCAGGGGCCUCAGUCCCCUCCCAGCCACCACGCAGGAGUCGCUGUGUGGUGCCCGGCAGCUGCCUCAGUCCCCCAUUUGUGACAGCGAGAGUGACGGGGACGACAAGCCUCUGCCAGACGCCUUGCCAAGUCAUGCUCCCAGCGCUCGGCCUCUGCCAGCUCCGGGGCUGCGGGAACGGGGCUGGGCCCUCCGUGGACAGCAGUUCGGCUCCCUGGCCAGCCCCCUCCUCCGAGCCUGUGCCCUUUGCUGA